AUGUGUUUAUUUUCAAUUUGUACGGACGAACCACCUUAUUUGUCUGUUGGAACGGAAGUUAGUGCAAAAUAUAAAGGAGCAUUUUGUGAAGCAAAAGUGAGAAAAGUUGAUAAAACUGUUAAAUGUAAAGUAUCAUUUAAAUUAGGAUCUGGCACUUAUACUGUGUUAGACAGUUCAAUUAAAGGUACCUUAAGAGUGGGAGCUUCUGUGGAAGCCAAGCAUCCAGAAAAAAAAGAUUUUUUCGAAGCAACAAUAACUAAAAUACAAGAUUGCAGUCAAUAUACUGUCGUAUUCGAUGAUGGAGAUAUAACAACUCUAAGAAGAUCAGCAUUGUGUUUAAAAAGUGGUAGGCAUUUUGCAGAAAGUGAAACCUUAGAUCAAUUACCACUUACUCAUCCAGAGCAUUUUAGUAAUCCUGUCGUUGGUGGUGGAGGAAGAAGAGGAAGACGAAGACUUUUAGAUGAUAGCAGCGGAGAUGAAGAUACAAAUAGAAAAGGGAAAGCUAAGGAAGAAAAAGAAGCGGAUGUUGGCAAAGUGGUUUGCGUUGAAUUAGGAGAUAAAAAGAAAGUUAAGGACAAUUGGUUUCCAGGUUUAGUUGUUUCACCAAAUGCUCAAGAUACAGUUCAAAUAAGAGUGAAAGAUGAAUAUCUUAUUAGGUCUUUCAGUGAUGGCAGAUAUUAUACGGUGCCUAAAAAAGAAGCAUCAGAGUUUACUAGAGAAAUUGGCAUUAAAGUGGACAACAAUACUCUUAAGACAGCUGUAGAAAAAGCACUGCAUUUUAUUGAUAAAGAUGAAUUGCCCCCUCAUUGGGAUCGAGAGCUUUUAUUUGGACUUUUGGAAAGUGAUAUCAAUAGUGAUUCUGAUGAUGGCUUGGAUUCUGACAGUUCCGAUGACGAGCCUAGAGAAGAAAAAGAUCAUUUCGUUGCGCAGCUAUAUAAAUUUAUGGACGAUAGGGGAACUCCAAUUAAUAAUUGUCCCUCAAUCGGUGGUAAAGACUUAGAUUUGUAUAAACUUUUUAAUGUUGUUCAUAAAUUAAAUGGGUACAAUAGAGUUACUAAUAGAAAUCAAUGGAAAAACGUAUCUACAAAGUUGGGAUUGGGCAUCGCAGCCAGUACCAUUACUCAGGUCAAACAUGCAUAUAAAAAGUAUUUACACAGUUUUGAAGAUUUUUAUCGAAAAUUGGGAUGCACUAUGGUCAAUCAUCCAAGAAAUAAUAGAGCUAGAAAUAAAAGUGGAAGAAGUUUAAUAAGAGAUAGAGAUCGCGCAUCUAACGUUACUAAUCCUUCAAAGGUCAAAUGCGACAUACCUACCGUUGAAAAUUCUAAAAAUAAUUCUAAAUCAGAAGAAAUUCCCGAAAAAGAUAUUACGUAUGAAUCAAAGCCCAAAGAAGAAAUUGUUUCCGAUAAAAAAGAAGACAAAAUAAAAGUUAAAGAAGAAGAAGUCGAAAAACAGUUGAAAAAUAAAAAUUUGAAGAAAGAAUCUAAUGAAAAUGACGAAGUUUCGGAAAGUGAGGAAAGCGUUAGCGUCUCGGAAGAAGCGUACACAAUGAGCAGACCAACUUCGAGUUUACGAAAAAAAUUUCCCACUCUAAAGGCAUCACCUGUUAUUGUUAGGGAAAAACGAAAGGCAGACGGUACUCUCGAUGGAAGAAAAUGUAAACGAACCAGAGUAUCAAAGUCUCGAUCAAGUAGUGCAUCCGACCUGAAAACGGGAAGCGACAACGAGGAAGAUGGGAAAAACAAGGAAGUCGUAAAUCAGUUUGAAAAAGAAAAAAAAAUCAAAACGGGAAAUAAUACAGAAACGCAAAAGAAAGUAUUACCUGUUAAAGGAAAAAAACACGAGUUGGAAGAGCCACCCAUUCCGAAGAAGGGAAGGAAAAGACGAAAUACUGAUACCGGGGGAAAAUCACCAAGUGUAACAGAUGAAGACUUAAACUUGCCGUUUUUGCCUACUUACAAAUCGGUGUUUAUCGGAGAUAUUCUCAAAAUAUAUUACGGUGCUCCUGGCGAACCUAAAGUCAUUUACGAAGCAAAGGUUGUUGAUAUAAAAGAAAACGAAACGGGCGAAACGGUUUACUUGGUACACUAUGCGGGUUGGAAUUCUCGUUACGAUGAAUGGGUUAAAAGAAAUAAAAUUGCUGAUAAUUUAAACUGGACUCCGGCUCGAAACAAAGUGGGUUCAGUUAACAAAACGUCUAAAUCAGCAGUUCAAAAGCGUAAACAAGUUCUUGUUAAAACCGAACAGGCUUCUAAUGUGGGAACAACCGUAAAUACUCCGUCACCUGUUUCUUCAACAACUUCAGGUAGAGGUAAAUCUGCUGUCUCUUCUGCACAAGGAGUAGGUAAAAGAAUAACGAGGAAUACGGGAGAAGUUAAAUCUACCAAACGGACUCGUAAAAUUUCCGGACAAAGUGAUUCUGAAAGUGAAAGCGAUUUAGAAGAGUCUACAUCUGAAAAUGAAGGAACCAAGAAGGUUUUAACUGCUACCAAAGAAGAGAAUGCAUCUAAAAAUCCUGGUCCUAAAAAAUUAGUUAAAUCAACGAAAAAAAAAAUAUUUAAAAAAUCGGAGGAAAAACCAAUUUGUGAAAAUCCAACCGAAGGUACGGUUAAAGUCAAGCGCGCUAAAAAGUUAGGUUUAUCAAAGGAAAAAGAAAAUGAGGAAGAAAAGAAAAAUGCAGCAAAUUGUGAAGAAGUAGAAGAUGAGAAAAAUUCAACUGAACCAAAGGGCUGUGAUUUUGAUUUGAAUGAAAUACGGUCGGAACUCAAAGGGAUUGACAAGGCUGUAAAAGUCAAUGCCGAGUUGGUUAUUCCAGAAACUUCUAAAGAAACACCGGCUCCCGUUACAACGGAAACAAAAAUGCCUUCUCUCGAAGAACCCGUCUGUAUUAAAUCGGUUACGUCCUCUCCUUCGUCGGAAGUUGUAAAGGAAGAAAAAGAAGAAGUUGUUAAAGUGGCAGAAGAACCACCAAUCCCUGAAAAAAAAGAUGUAAAAGAUGAUAUUUACGAGUUUAAAGAACCUGAACCUUUUGAGUAUCAGGAAAUUUUGCGACCUAUAAAUAGAGUUUUCGAAGAGGGAGACCGCUCGCCUGAGAAAAUAAUUAAAAAACCGAUUGUAAUGCCGGAAAAAAGAGAUGUUUGUAAAUUUGAAGUUGAUGUUAAGAGUAGAUUUAGGAAAACGAUUGGUAAAAAAAUGAAAGAGGGAGGAAGCAAUGUGGAUGCAAUUAAAGAAAGCAAUUUAAAAAGUGAUAAACCCGAAGCAUUACCCAAAAUCGAAUCCUUCUUGGUUAACGACUACUUUAAAAAAUCUCCUGAAAAAGAAAUGCCUUUAUUGAAAACAGAAACUGAAGUUCAAAGGUCAGUUACACCACCUGAACCCGUUCGAAUACAUUUUGCAGUUACUGAAGAGAAGCCUUGCACGGAAAAAAAAGUAUUUGGAACAAAACCCGAAGAAACAUCCGAAAAAGAAGUUAUUUUUAAAUGUCAAAACGAAACGGAAACGUGUAAAUCGCCGCCGGCAUCGAAAAUUUCUCCCGAACCUCCUAAUCUCACCCCCGUCACUAAUAACCUCCUCACCCUGAUAAACGAAGAUAAUAAAUCCAACGACGAUGCAUCUAAAAAUGAAACAUCGCAAGAAGAUGAAGAUGAUCCCAUAAGUGCCGCAAUUCAACGAGUUAUUGCUCAAUCGUCGAUAGAUGAUGACAGUGAUGACAUGGAGCUGUUUACUGUAUCCACGUCAUCUAAUACAAUCGUAGAAGAAAUACCUAAUCGUUCGAAAAGUAGUUUAAUACCUAACGAACCUAAUACGGAACUGUUAAUUAGUAAAAAAGUUUGUUCAAAAAGAAAAAAUGUUGGAAAGAAAAUCGCAAUCAGUAAAGAGUUUGUGAUAGACGAUUCUAGUAGCGAGAGUGAUAGUGAUAGUGCAGAAGAAAGAUUGGUCAUUGUUAAUGACGACGAAUCAACAAACGAUUCAAAUCGUAGCCAAAAAAAUACAGUAAUUGGAUCGGAAGAAGACAAGAAAUCAGUACCGACCGAGACGAAAUUCAAGAAAAAAACGCCCAAUUCCGAUCCACCGUUAAAUAAAAAGACAAAUUCUCAAUCGAAAGUGGAAGAGGAUUGGAAACAUCAGAAACAGGAGAAAAUAUCAGAAGAAGAAGGUGAAAAUAACAUUCGAUCUCUUCUAUGCGAAGAAACUAUUCCCGGAAGUCCAGCCCCUCUAACGGAAAACAAAGAACCCGCGGAGCCAAAAAUUAACGUUUUGGAAAUACAAUUUGCAAGCAGUUCACAACCCGUAUCACUCCCUCCUCCCCCUCCUUCGGUAUGUAAUAAUAAAAGGGAAGGAAAUGAUGCGGCGGUCGUGAUGGACAACACGCCGCCAACAACUCCAGAAAGCAAUUUGUCUUCUAUGUCGGGAUCUCCUAGAGAUGAUAGAGUCGGUUCUUCGUCUCUGGAUAACGAAAGUUCAAAAUCUCUUAGAGAUUCAUCGGAGGUCGACUUGGAUAACGAACAACGAAUUAAAAAUUUAAAAUUUCCUAAAAAGUCUGAAAAGGAUUUGGAACCGUUGUCGAAGAAAAAACGUCGAAGCAGGAAAAGAUCCGAAUCGUUGUCCGAAGGAGUGGGUAAAAGAGUUCGUCAACCCGUUGGCAGACCUCCUAAAACCAAAGAUUUGGGAAGUGACAGCGAUGACACGUCAGAAAAUUCCCAAACCGGAACUCACGCCGUCAACACGGAAUCGUUAAUUAAUUCUAGAUCUCAAAAGCCAUCAAAGUACAAUUUUUACUGCGAACUCGAUCCAGAAUUGGACGCGACGCAAAGGAUAGCACUCCUUGAGCAAAAAUUACAAGAAUGCAGAAAGACUUAUAUGAACGUGAAAAGUAAAUUAGCGUCAAUAGAUAGACGAAGAAAGAAGUUGAGAAGGCGUGAAAGAGAAGCUCUUAAAGUAUCAAAAAUGUUGGAACGAAUGACAGAACAAUAA